ACAACAGUGUCGCAACGUUGUUGCUGAAGUCGCAACAUAAGCUACGCAAAAAUAUAUAUAUAUAUAAUUUAAAGGGAAAGGAGAGAAUUCUUAUAAUAUAUGUAUUUAAAAAUCUACACAUGUCUGUAAAGAAGGACAUCCAUUUGCCACCACUGUCAACGUUUGAAAGCAGGCUUUCAUCAAGCAAGGGGACCCAAGGGCAAGCGAGGUCUGUGCCAAAAAUACUGAAAAUUACAGAUGGAUGUAGCUCUGGCUAUCUUUCCACCUGGCCUGCCCAUGUCAGCUCUCAGGUUGUCCAGCAACACAGUCAAAAACACACGUCCUCUGGAGCAAACAGAAACCACGGAUACAUUGACGAAUUUGGAUGUACUGUGGCUAAGCCACGGUUCCUGGAACAACUGGAGUGCUAUCUCAGGCGAGAACUGGCAUCUUUAGACUUGCAUAGCCCCAAACUCCAGCAGCUCAAACUUCAGGCAUACAGAGAAGUUUUUGACUAUUUCAUUGAAGAAUUUAAAACAUACAAGCCACUAUUGUCUGCCAUCAAAAAUGAAUACGAGAUUACUCUAGUGUAUCUGCAACAGCAGAUCCAAGAGCUGGAGCCUCUCCGUGCCCAGAUGGUGCUGCUGUCUGAACAGUGUGAGGAGAGGAUUCUGGGCCUGAGGGAGCAAGAGAGAGCUGAGAUCACAGCUUUGAAACAGGAGCGCCAACAUCUGCAGCAAGUCAUUGAGAGCAUGAAGGAGCAACAGAGCACUUUGCAGACCCAGGUGUCAUAUCUAGAGGAGGACCUUGCAAGACAGUAUGUGCUGUACAGGGAUGAACGUGAUGCCCGCAGGCUGCUCAUUGACAAUAUCAGCAGCAUGAGCUACAGCCCACAGGAGCCUGGUUACUCACUGGAUGAGGAUCCUGUGAAUCUAAAGCUGGCUUUGGAUGUUUGUAGAGUGGAUCUAAGCAAGACCCAGAUGGAACUCAACCACUUGCAUGCAGAAUAUGGAGAUGUGGUUCCCCGUAGGGACUGGGACAAUCUAGAGCGUAUGUACCAGGAGAACCUCCUAAAGGUGGAGACCGUGCAGUGUGACUUCAACCAAAUGAAGAUGGAAUAUGACACAUUGCUAAAGUUACAUCAGCAGACCAGCACACAGAGAGACAGCCUUCACAGAAAUGCCUCAACUCCUAGACCACAGUGGGACCAGUGUGCAGAUGUACUUGGUAGCAGAGAUCGUUGUUCUGAGCUCUUUGAGGGCCAGUCCAGUCAAAAAAGACUGGAGAUCUUGCUGAAGGAGUUGAACAGCAUGGGCUUGGAGCAGAAAAACUUCUUUACUGGACUGGGUACUUCCAGUGAUGUUCCCAUCUACCUGCGCUAUGAGGGGCAAUUGAAGAACCUCCGAUUGAAAAAGACUGAUGUUGUUAGAGUUAUAAAGGACAUAUGGAGAGAGAAAGCAUCUGAAGAUGAGAAGAUGGAUGAAAGCAGUGAUCUAAAGGAGUUUCUGCACCAGUAUCUGUUAAAAAAGCAUGAGGAGAGGGCAGGAGAGUGGGCUUACAGCUUGCUCGAUGGCAUCAAGUGUUACCUAGAAGAUGACUUCAUUGGUCUCUUCUAUGACAUUCUCCAAGGCAAGGUGGAUGAAAGUGUGUACCAUGGCCAGACCCAUCUACUAUCUCAUCUGCUCAAGGUGCUCAUACAGAGUGACAGCACUGAGACUGGAUUGCUAAGUACACCCCAAUUCAGUGAGGCUCUAAAGACAGCUUUUCCCCUGAAAGGAGAUCAGGAUAUAGAGGAACUGGUGCUGGCAGCUCAGUCUGAACUGCAGACCAGUGGAGGAAGCAUUGCCUAUCAGAGGCUGUACACAGAGGACACAGAUGGAAAGCAGAGUGAAUUCCUGGGUCUGGUAAAAAAGCAGGCUAUGGCUGAGAGAUGCCAGUACAUCAGCCAGCUGAGGGAACAACUAGGAGGCAAUGGGGAAGUGGGAGUGGAAGAUUUAAGAGCUGUUUUCAAGACAAUUGAUCCCACACUGGACUCUGAGACUCUGGACUGUUAUUUGAGUAGAGCCUUUCAAACUAAAGAGCUGCACGAGCACACAGCACUUUUGGACAUUGAGGUUGCACUACAGCGCCUCUCUGAAGCUAAUGUAAGCAGGGCAGGACCCAUGCCUCAGUCCGAAUAAUUCAUGUACACACAUUUCACAUGUGUAAAUGGAAUCUUAUAUUGAAACAUAAUUAAGGAAAUAUAUUGGAUAAAAUAAUUGUUCAGUCUAAUAAAAAGAACACAUUCAAUAUCUACUCUUCAACAUUUUAUUGAAAGGUGUAUUAGGUAAGAUUAAUCUUUUUUUUUCUUCCCCAAGAGUAGGUCUCCAACAGUUUAUUUUGAGUUAUAAUGAGACUUUGACAGCUAUUAUUUGAAUGAUUCCUGCCCAUGUUCAUGAAGCCCCGCCCCAUGAUCUACGGUGACCUAUAGAGCGUCUAUAAAUGACUGACAGGUGGCGCAGCCAAACACAAACAAGCAUUCUGGACAGGAAGUCAGUUUUCCAAAUGGAUUUUCUCAGCGACUUAAUACACUUUUGUUAAGGCCACAGCUUAAUCCAUUGUUUUUAUUAUUAUUAUUAGCAUGUUCUACAUAUAUUCCAGGUUAUUUUUUACAAGUAAGGAAUAAAAAAACUGACUAUUGCAUCUUUAAAGAAAUCUUAGUAGAUUGGUAACUGGUAACACAAAUCAAUGGCUUACUGAGGAAGUGUUUUGUAUCUUCCUAACACCUCCUACCUGUCCUCAUAUGAAAACGUCACAUUUUCUCCUAAAAACUUGUGUACAUAUAUGCUUGUAAAAUCCUCGUAUGAGGACAACUGGGUCUUACUAUUUUUCCAAACCUAUUCCAGUUUGAAGACAUUGAUCAGUUUCUAAAGAUGUCAGGUGUGAGUAAACAGAAAUCGUGAGGAGAUACAAUAUUAUUUCUUCAUGUUCAGUAGCUCAUGUAGUAGUGUAGAACUUGAGGUUUAAAAACUGGAGAUCAGUAAUCACUGACAUGCAUAGCCUAUUGUAAUCACAUUAAAAUGGGUGUAUCUAAUAUGAGCUAGUGCUAAUUGUGCUAUUGUAUUCUUGCUAUUGUAUUGCUAUUCUUUCAGCACAUAUAUUCAAGGAUUUUCAUGCAGUGGUAGCUCGGUGGUUAAGAUGUUGGGCUACUGAUCAGAAGGUUGUGAGUUCAAACCCCAGCACUGCCACUGUUGGGCUCCUAAGCAAAGCUCUCAGAUGUACAAAUGAGAUAAAUCUAAGUUGUUCUGGAUAACAGUGUUUGCCAAAAUGUUUUAAAUGUACUAGUGAUGACUAGUAGCCUGUUAAAUUUUAUUUAUUUAAACUUUAUCUUGGCUUAUAAAUUUUAUUACACAGUUGCCAUUAUCAUUGGACUGAUAAAGAAAUUACAAACAUGAGACUGGGACCAACUAGUUAGAAAGACACUACUGAAUAAGACACUAUUGAAAAUACCUGUAAUACUUGUGUACCACGGAACAUGAUAAGUGAUAAACAUGUCAUGAAUAUGAAAAGCAUGUUCAUUAUUAAAUUGUUUACUUUUUACAUUACCGGACAGUUUUGUUCAGUGUAGCGGAGUGUUCUUAAAUGGUAAGGAAUAACAAUGCUCAUAGAUCUAGCAUACAGUAUGUAAAGUAUUUACUGUAUAUUUUUCAGUGAAGUGUAUGUAGAAAUUCUUUCUAAAACAUUGCUCAUAUACAUGAUCUAUAUCAUGAGUUCUCAAUCUUUUUUUUUUAACAAGGGACCCUUUUAAUUAUAAAAAUGAAUUUCACUGACCCCUUCAGAGAUUUAUUUCAUGAACACUGAACAACAUUGCUGCCCAUCUGUAAUUUGCUAAUGAUCAUGUGGACAAGCCAGCAGGCUAACAGAAAGAUGUUUUGUGGAUGGAUGAGACCAAAAUAGAGUUUUUGGUUUAAAUGAGGAGCGUUAUGUUUGGAGAAAGGAAAACUCUGCAUUCCAGCAUAACAACCUCAUUCCAUUUGUGAAACAUGGUGAAAGUAGUACCAUAGUUUGAGCCUGUUUUGAUGCAUCUGGGCUAGGACGGCUUUCCAUCAGUGAUGGAACAAUGAAUUCUGAAUUAUACCAGCGAAUUCUGAAGGAAAAUAUCAGAACAUCUGUCUGUGAUCUGAAUCUCUAGAGAAAGUGGGUCAUGCAUCAAGACAAUGACCCUAAGCACACAAAUCGUUCUACCAAAGAAUGGUUAAAGAAUAAUAAAGUUAAUGUUUUGGAAUGGCCAAGUCAAAGUCCUGAACGUAAUCCAAUAGAAAUGUUGUGGAAAGACCUGAAGCAAGCAGUUCAUGUGAGGAAACCCACCAACAUCCCAGAGUGGAAGCUGUUCUGUACUAUGGAAUGGGCUAAAAUUCCCCCAAGCCGAUGUGCAGGACUGUUAAAUGCUCAUUGGAAAUGUUUAGUUGCAGUUAUUGCUGCACAAGCAGGUCACACCAGAUGGAUCGCAUACUUUUGCUACUCACAGAUAUGUAAUAUUGCACCAUUUUCUUCAAUAAAUAAAUGACCAAGUAUAAUAUUUUUGUCUCAUUUGUGUAACUGGGUUCUCUUGAUCUACUUUUAGAAAAUCUGAUGAUGUUUUAGGUCAUAUUUAUGCAGAAAUAUAGAAAAUUCUUAAGGGUUCACAAACUUUCAAGCACCCCUGUACAUCACUGUGAAAAAAAAACAAACAUGAAAUCACCUCAAAAGGUUGCAUUUACUUUUUGGAAUGAGAAAUAAUUUGUAUGCUGUUUUCAACCAUAACUGCCUCCCAACUUU